AUGGAGGCAAGGGACAGGAACCUCCCGCUCCUUGGCCCAGGUCAGGGCCUCCGUUUCGAUCGUCGCAUCCACCGUCAGUUUUGCGGUCAUGCCACCAGGAUUGGGACCAGCUCCCGCCUGCGCCUGCAGGCCACGCUGAGCAGGCGGGGCAUUAGGGACCCGUGGAUCUCGACCAGCAAGUCCAAGAGGGUCUGCAUCUCGGGCUCCAGGUCGCCACCCGGCCUGAACUGCUACGUUUACACCAUUGACACCACGGCCAACCGCUUGGAAAUGGUGGACGCUAAGGAGGCGUUCCAGAGCACCAAUGGCAAGGACGGGAAGCCACUGGAGUAUCCCAAGCCGGGCGGGAAGGAGGUCUCGGUCAAGAACAAGAUCCCCUGGACCAGCAUGUCAAGUGGGACAUCCGCAGUGGCCACAAGCACAAGGGGACAGUUACGCGGGCCGAGUUUGAGAGGCCCAAGACCCCACCCGCCACUGGCGCCUAAGGCUGGCGAAAACCCACAAACGGGUCCCCGUUUGGACCCCCUUACCGGCGCCUCCAACAAACGCCCGGCUUCGCAGUCGCCCAAGGGAUCCUCGCCCGAGAAGAACAACAAGCACUCCGUCCGCGUCCACCGCGCUUUCACGGGUUAG